AUGUCAUCUCUCAAGCCAAUUAUCCUCUGGGGACAUAACAUCGGUCCCAAUCCCUUGAAAAUCCAUAUCAUCCUCGAGGAGCUUAAUAUUCCCUUUGAGCAUAAGAUAGUUCCAGGUGAAGACAUGAAAAAAGAGCCUUUCAUCAAUAUCAACCCGAACGGGAGAGUACCAGCAAUUGAAGACCCGAAUACUGGGAUCACGCUAUGGGAGUCCGGUGCUAUCAUCGAAUACAUUAUCGACAACUAUGAUAAAGAACACAAGCUAAGCUACGGUACUUCACCUGAGAAGUACUUGAUCCAACAAUGGAUCGCCUUCCAGAUCUCAGGACAGGGGCCGUACUACGGUCAAGCCGUAUGGUUCUACCGGGUCCAUCAUGAGAAGCUCCAGUCCGCAAUUGAUCGGUACGUCAAAGAGAUGGAACGCGUGAGGAGCGUUCUUGACCUGCACCUCUCCAAGUCGCCAUCUGGGUGGCUUGUCGGCGAUAAAAUGACCGUUGCGGAUCUUGAUUGGAUUAUAUGGGAGCAAAUUGCAACUCUCCUUAUGAGUUUCAUGGACAUCAAUUUGGAAGGGAAGUACCCGUACUAUGAUGCCUGGUAUAAGAAGUUGCUCGAGAGGCCCAUCGUAAAGAAGGUAGUGGCUAUGAGGACGGAAGGCCUCAUGCAGAGUGAGCUCGCGAAGGCAGAGGAGAUUGCUAAGAAGGCCUAA